UCCGAGUCAAGGUUCCAGCAUCUCAGCCACUCGAGUUCCACGAUCAGCAGCAUGAAGCCCCUCGUUGGCCACCGAGUGCUGUCAGGAGACCAAGCAGAUGCGGGGAGAGCAGAUCUUAUAAAGAGUCCCUCUUGAAACCUCAGGAUGCCUUCAUUCCUUUCUCCAUCUCAGCAAUAACUACUACCUAGCUAUACGCACUGAAUACUGAUUAUUAUGGACGCCUACAACCCCUUCGCGAGACGCGAGACACACAACCGCCAGUCCCUGGCUGCCUACCGGGUGCUGGUGCCUUUGACGUGGGCGCUGGUCGUCAUCGUGGGCAUCUACUACUCUCUGCACAAGCCCGACGACGUCAAGCACGGCCAUCGAAUCCCCAAGCAAGCGAACAAGCACAUCACGGCAUUUUCGCAGAGUACGGUGGUGACUGGAAUAUAUUGGAUCCUUCUCCUUCUCUCACAGCUUAGCUACGUCUGGCAUCUCUUCUCCAAGGAUGCGGCACUGGUCAACGCGGCAGCCAAUGUCGCCAGCCAUUUCAUCCUGAAUAACCUGUUCGUCUUCGCCUGGGUGCUGCUCUGGGUACGCAACCACUUCUGGGGCGCCGAGAUCAUCCUCAUCGCCCACUUCAUCAACCAAAAGAUCACCUACUGGCGCCACCCGGGCCUUCCGGCCUUUGUUCAUCUGCCUGCCGUCGCUGGACCCUAUGCAUGGACCCUAACUGCCCUGUUUUGGAACGGCGCCGUGGCGGUCCAUAGCAACAGCUUGCCCGCCCGCAUCGUUGCCAACGUCUUCAUCUGGGUCAUCUUUGUCAUCGGCGCCGGUCACAUCCUCCACCGCCAGGAUUACCUGCUAGGUUACUGCUUUAGCUUCUUGUUCUUGUCUCUCGCGGUCAAGCAGAUCGCCAUCAAGGUCAUCGCGUUGCAGUGGAUCUUCGCUUUCGCCAUCUUCGCCGCCUUCCUCGUCUUGUCCCUGUACAUCUCUAGCACCAAGUACUACCACCGUGACUCGCUGCUGCGUCGUAUUGCGGAACCCGAGUCCACCGACCGCGAGAGGCAGCCCUUGCUCAACGAGGCGGCGUGAGGAGUUUUGCAGAGUAGGUAGCUGGAAGCAGUUGUGGGUAGUUUAAUUUGCCGAGUCACAUUUUUUCAUCUCACUACCAUCUCUCCUUCUCUCGAUUCUCUUUUUCUUGAUGCGCAUGCGUCUCUGACCACGAAUAUGCGCAGAGCGGCAGUCUGCUUUCUUUUUCUCUAUAUAUCCUCUCUACUCCGUCUUUGAUGCUUCUGGAUUACAUCACGCUUGCCUUUGGCAAAAUCUUUAUGCCAGGGUUUUUGCACCACUCAAAAUCAGGAUUUUUUUUCUGUUUAUUUGUCCAAGUCAAUACGCCGAGAGCAACCCGGCCCAUUGAUCAGUACUCAUGUGUUGAUUGGUAUUCUUACGCGACAUCCUGCACUCUCUGUUUUUUUCCCACUCUUUAUUGUUCAGUGGAUUGAAC